AUGCACAUUUCUUCCUUCCGCACACAGAUAACCCUUCUACACCAGCAUCAGACCUCCGAGGCAACCAUGAAGCUCAUAAUAGCUGGCGCGACCAGUCUCUUAGGCACCGAGAUCGUGAAACAAAGCUUACAAAUUCGCGAGAUUACCCAGAUCGUUUUGCUAGCUUUCCAGCCCUUGCAGCUGGACGCAGGUAUCGACUCAUCGAAGUUAAAGAGCAUUGUCAUUCGAGACUAUAGUGAAUACCCUGAUGAUGUGAAGGCUGAGUUCGCUGGGGCCGACGCUUGUAUUUGGACUGUUGCCGUCACACCCUUACGCACUACCAAGGUCGAACUCGAGCGUGUAUGCCAGGACUGCACCAAGGUCACAUUUGAAGCCAUAUAUGAGGCUGUCCCGGCACGUCCCUUUCGCUUCUUGUACUUGAGUGCGGAGGGAAUACCUCGAGACCCAACAAAGACGCCAGUGAUCAUGCCAGAUUACCAUAUCAUGCGAGGCAACACAGAGCUCAUGGUCCUCAAAUUUCCUACUGAAAAACAGGGAGUUGAAGUUUGCAUCGCCCGGCCCGGCAUGAUUGCUAACUCCUCGACUUGGUCAAGAGCUUUGGUGGCCAACCUUUUUCGUAUCGUCAAUCUUUUUGGACGGCCCCUUCCGAAUAUACAACAGAGCCAGCUCGCAGCGGCAGUGUUGAACCAGGUCGUGGAUGGGUUCGAGAAGGAGACUCUGUUGAAUGCAGAUCUCGUUCGACUUGGACAAAGGGAGCUGAAGUUUCGCAGUACGGCUCAGCCUUCAUAG